AUGGAAGAUGCGCGCAAGCUUACGGAGAGCAGGGUGGCUACGCUGCGAGACUGGAAAGACUUUUCAGAUAAGAGUAUUGUCUCUCCUAUUAAACGGACAAAACUGAAGGCAGCCCUUGCCGCGGUGGAGGAGGCAGAGAGGGAAAGGCGGGCAGCCGCAGCACCUGUGGUUUUGGAUGAGAGGGUCUACCGGUCGGUGUUGAAUGCAACGUGGGACUUACGUGGAGUCGGGCCACUUUGCGGAGCCGCUUGGGAUGAGGGUGGUGGGCGCCGCUUCCAGCAGGCCUCAGGUAUUGUGGAGUGA